AUGCCUCCUCCGUCUAUGGAGGCAGAAAUUUCAAUCGGCUCAUCACAUUUGCCGCUGGAGGGAAUCAUUGGUAUUGCCAUUGGCGGAACCAUCGUGUUAAUCGUGAUUGGGAUUACAGCGAUUACAUAUGUCAGACGAAACCAUCGCAAUGCAGUCAGCCUUCGAGAAAACGUCCGAGACGACAAGGAGACCAGUUUGGCUGUUCGAGCCAAUUCAUUAACAUAUUCUCUUCCUCUGUUCGCAACUCCUUACCAUUAUUUACCUCCUAGGCAUGUUCCGCGUCGGCGCGCUACGGUGGUACACACAAGCUUUGUUGUUGACGAGGACGACGAUGAGGAGGAUGAUAAUGUAGUCAGACCAGGUACGAAAAGAUCAUCGGGUCAGAAGGGUCUUUUCCAGAGACAAAGGUCUAGCAUCAGAGACUCGUGGCCAUUGGCAUCUAGAGUUCAAAAUCCUAUAGCAUUGCUCCCACAUGCUCAGUCAGAGAAAAACAUACGAAUCAAUUGCGUCGCUCCACCAGGAUAUGUUCUCUCUGAGCCACAGCGUCCGAAGAGAACAUUUUCUAGGAAAUCUCCUGUUAAAAACUCGGAUUCUGUGGAGGAUAUCACUAUCAUUGAUGGAGAACCGAGAAUGCAUCAUGACAGACGUCGAUACAACUCGGAGAACCAAUUAUCUUCGAUUUUAAAGUCAACAUCUCAGCGUCUUAUGGAUACCCACAGGCAAUCUGUGAGAAAGAGUUGGAAUAACCUGGGGAGAUUUCCAGGAUCACCGCCCAAACAAAGGUUACCAAGCCCUCCGUUAAAUAAAGCCACAGAAAGCAGGGAGGUUCUUCUCGCCCCUGAGAGUUCCACGCCAGAUUUUGAUUCUCUUCACGAAAGACAAUCACUACGCACGCCAAGUCCACGGAAGAGAGUUCCUCGAACUGCUGGUAGAGCAUUCAAACACCGAGGACGAUCACCGACACCUUCUGGAGGAUCAGAUGACAGCCUUUGCGGAAUCGAUACUCCCGAUCUUGUCAUUCCUGCACAACUGACAUCGCCCAGUAAAAGUGGACGAAGAGUUGAACAGAGACAUCGGAUGAAUCUUUCGCCUACAAAGGGUUCUGAUGGGGCCCCAAAGACGAAUCACAGCUCAAAGACAUCAAUCGCAUAUGAUCCUUUUUUUUCCUCUGUGAAGAGCGCCAAGGUCACUCCAUCUACUAUGAUAUAUGGACCACGACCUCUGCAUAUGAGAAAAGCUACAUUUGGACUAGAAGAAGAACUAGAAAACCCUACGAAUCAUGGUGAUUCACCAUUGAAAGACAUCUCAGGUAAUCAACAGGGACCACUGGUCAAGGAACCUCGAUCUCCACCCCAAUCAUCAGAGCUCAAUCCAUUUCGAUGGUCACCAAAAGACGCUAUGCAAUCUCGAUCUAGCUCAGCAAGUCCUAACAAGAUAAUAUCGAAAAGGAAAGGUCAUAAACGAUCUAACGUUGUUCGAAUGUCGGGAUUGUCCAGACCUAUAAGUGUUAGCGUAGUUCAUGAAGAAUCGGAAGGCGACUCUCCUGGCAUGACGUCUUUGAUAUCUAGGCCAACUCUUCGUGUAGUAGAACCAAGUCCAUCGUGUACUUCACUCGCCAGUCGACAACCUAGUGCGCUUAUGGUACGACCACCGUCGGUAUCUACAUUCAAUCCAAGCAUUUCUAUACCAUCUUUGAAGCCAGGUUCGCGGCAGGUAUCAUUGAUCCGUGAAGGAUCUCCUAUGCCACCUCCUUUGAAAAUCAACCCAACCUUCAAUAUCCCACCACUGAAGCCAGUAGAAAGACAUGCAUCUCCGGAUGCGGAAGAGUACUCUCCCACGCCACCAUCUUCAAAAGUUAUUUCGAUUUUCAGUGUUCCACCACUCAAGCCAACAGAACGAUAUACAUCCCAGUCACCCGAUGCAGAGGAAUACUCGCCAACUUUAUCAGUCUGCAACUAUUAUACCGAGAACAUAAACUCUGAAGUCGAAUUCUUCAAACACGCUCGAUCGUCACUUGCCAUGAAGUCGCAGGUCCGUCGUCAUUGUCAGAAUAUUGAUGAGGAAAUCCUUAGUCCAGACACUCCCACUGAAACUUUGGUCUCUUUUCCAUCACUCCCUCCACCAGAACCUGGAAUUGAAGUACCAGACCUAGGUAGUGGCUCAGAUCUUCCAGAAUCCUUGCGAUCGGGGCUUUCAAUGCCACGAAAUGGUAACCCGUCAAGUUUUACCCGGCUAUCUCAUACCAACACAAGCAAUAUCAGAGGGUCGAGCCCUAAGCGAGUGUCAUUCACGAGCAUACCCCAAACCAGACCAUCAUCCAGCAUCACCCCCCUCUCCCAGUCUUUUACGAGCAACAUCAACAAUGCAUUAGUCCUUGGUCCCAGACCUCUCUUGCGCGCCAACGCUCCGUCACCCUUAACCAUUCCAUUCACAUCUCUGCCUGCGCCACCAAUUCUCAGUCCCCCCUUCCCAUUCCCCACCGCGAUGACCACUCUCACAUCUGACACAUCUAAUUCCUCGCGCAACUCAAUCGCCACGAGUAUCGGUAUUUUGCGUCGAAUGAACUCAGAGAUUUCUUGCAUUAGCCUCGGGGAUACCGAUUCCUCUCCGAUGGUACCUGGUAUCGGUCUCGAUUGGGGUGAUAAUCGACGUAUGACUCGUGCGUCUCGUUUUUACCUCUCGAUCGGUUCACCUAUAGACGGUGCAGCUGUCCCAAAUCAUCGAUCUUCGCUCAGCAUGCUAUAUCCAAACAGUUAUUCCGCAUAUUCUAGCACUUAUUUCCCCCAGGGGAACGAUUCGAGUACAAGUAUCAACAGUAUUGGUGAAAGACGUCAGUCCAGGAGUGAUUUAAUGAAUCCGAAUUACGGGAAUCUGCAAGAAAUACUCGAGGAUAUAAAUGCGAGUCGUGAGGGAAGUAGAGGGGGGAGUGCCAGAGGAAGUAGCCCGGCUGCGAUGGGCAGACAUGGAUUGAAUGUGAAGGAGAAGAAAUUGUCUCUGACCAAUCUUACUAUUCUUCCCGAUGGAGGAAUAGAGUAUUUGAUGGAUUAUGAAGAUGAAGAUGAGCCAAUUAUUGAACCUUUAUUCUUAUCCAAAUCAAGUGCAAACCUAGAAAAGGAAGGAAAAACAAGCAAAGAUAAGAAAGACACGAGAUGGUCCGACGCGAUGAUCAAACCCAUCACGAAAAACACACGCCGAGAAAGUAAAAUGGAACAUCCCAGCCCGAAAACACCACCAAAGUGGGGAUGGAGCCAAGCGGUUAAUGUGGCAAGGGAAAUAUUGAGUAGGAGUCCAACAAGAGAUAAGGAAAAUGCGGUGGAGCAAGAUUGGAAUAGGGGGAGAGAUAGUCCGGAGAGUUUGGGAUUGUAUGAUCAAGACGGGUUCUUGAGAGGGUCACCGGAUCGGAUGAUAGUGAAUGAUGAGAAUGGGAGGGCUGCGAGAAGAGCGACGGUUGAUGGUUUUACUGGGAAUGCGAUGGGAGUGAAAUGA